AUGUCUAGUCUUCAGUUGUUUCGCACGAGCUUCAAACGACCAUCACCUGGAAAGUUGUCUUUGCACGGACCCAAGGCAACCUCUCGUUCACGUCGUAUCCGCCCCUUCUCCAUAUCAAGUUAUCACGCUAUGUUGACCACCGAGCUGUCCGAAGCCGAGGUAUCGGCACUGAGAGCCAACAAGGAGCGACUGGCGAAAGACCUGCAUCAUUCCUGUCAAUGGGGGUCUGGGAUUAGAUGGGGCAAUGAUCCAACCGACACGGGAAUGCAGCGCCUUGCGCUAUCCGCAGAAGACAAAAGCGUUCGGGAUUGGUUCAUUCAAACUAUGAAGGAUCUUAAAUGCGAGAUCACUGUGGAUGAAAUGGGCAAUAUCUUCGCCGUGCGCCCGGGGAGAAGAAAGGACGUCCCCGCUACAUUCAUCGGCAGUCAUCUUGAUACACAGCCCACGGGCGGACGAUACGAUGGAAUCCUGGGUGUUCUGUCGGGCGUGGAAGCCCUUAAGAGAAUGGAUGAGAUGGGCCUUGAAACUGAGGGAGGAGUGGGAGUGGUCAACUGGACUAACGAAGAGGGGGCACGCUUCCCAGUGAGCAUGAUAUCAUCGGGAGUGUGGGCAGAGUGCAUUCCAUUAUCAAAAGCCCAUAACCUCCAAGAGGUACCGACGGUCGCAUCUCUCCCGACGGCUGCGUCGGCCCCGGAGACCAUGAAGACUGCGUUGCAGAAGAUUGACUACCUAGGCAGCGUGCCAUGCUCCUACAAGACUACGCCCAUGGCAGCGCAUUUCGAGUUACACAUUGAACAGGGCCCGCACUUGGUCUCGGCGGGCCAGCGAGUCGGUGUGGUCACAGCAGUGCAGGCUUAUCGUUGGUUCCGGCUGAAGGUAGUCGGGCGAGACACGCAUACCGGCACCACGGCAUUUGAGCACCGUGCAGAUGCAUUGUUUGCCUUUGCACAGAUGAUGGUGCGAGCUCGAGAGGUCGCAGCCGCCAAAGGAUGUCUGGCUAGCGUGGGCAUCGUCGAAGUGGCGCCGGGAAGUGUCAACACGGUUCCUGGACAGGUGAGCUUCAGCUUGGAUAUCCGUGGACCAGAGACGGCGCUAGUUGCCGAGGUCGAGAAGGAGCUGCGCAGCGAUUUCGAUGCGAUCGCUGCGAAAGAAGGCGCUGGGAUUGGCAAGCCUUGUCGUGUUGAGUGGACGCUCGAUUUUGACUCGCCUGCCGUGAAGUUCCAUGAGGAAUGCAUUGAUUGUGUUCAGCAAUCCGCUCAUGCUGUUGUUGCGGAUGCUCCGGUGGCGGACACCAAGUCCCUCGUUCGGCCCAUCAUGAGUGGUGCGGGCCACGACAGCGUGUUCACUUCGAAGCGGGUUCCAACGAGUAUGAUCUUUGUGCCAUGCAAGGAUGGAGUCAGUCAUCACCCUGAGGAGUUCUGCUCUGCGGACGAUUGUGCUACGGGAGCAUCGGUGAUCCUGCAGGCGGUGGUGCGAUAUGAUCGGAAGAGAUUCGCAUCGACUACUUCCUAA